AUGUUUGCGCUCUUGAGCGAUGCGCUCUUUCAGCAUGCUGGCAGUUGCCUGGAGCGCCCAGGGCGUCGGAAGGCACCGCCCGCACAAGAGGAACCCCAACAACUGACGUUCGCGCAGCGCUGUGCGGACUUUCUGGGCGCGAAGGAGGAGCCGGAGGCACUACAGCGGCUACUCGUGGCCCACGGUACGCAGGCUGUCUAUGCUACUGCCGCCGAAGCCUCCCUGGUGGUGCUGCCUUACAUCAACGGCCAAGUAGGUGGCGAUGUGCAGAGCUUUGCCCAGAUGUCUGCCGUAGCCUCGGCCGUGCAGUUCAUCGGGGGCUUGGCCUUCGGGAGGAUGACCGACCGGAAAGGCAGCUUCUGGGCAUUGAUGACCGCGCAUGGCGCAUCGCUAGGAAGCGCCUUCCUCGUAGCCAACGCCACCUCCAAGCAUCAGUUGAUGGCAGCGAUGCUUCCCCUGGCAAUGGCCCACGGGUUCCAGGCGUCCUCGCAGAUCGCCGUGACGAGCUCCACGCCGGAGACGCGCGCGGUCGCGAUGGGACGCAUCAGCAUGACUUACGGUGCUGGCUUCUUUGCCGGCACGCUGGUUACCUCCGCGGCCGCGCGGCGACUUUCCACGCGCCAGAUCGCCUGGGCCGCCGUUUUCCUGGAGGCUGGCGCAAUCGCAGUGGUGGCGAUGUUGUACCCGCCCGAUGAAGGAGCUGGCAGUCAGACCACCGACACAGCAGGGGAGCGCGACUUUCGGCAGCUGCUUCGCCGUCCCCAGGUAGUGCCCCUGCUGCUGUCAAAGCUGGCGAAUGCCACAUCAGGGGGGAUGCUUCUCUGCAUGAUCAACCAGUUCGCCAUGGAUCCGUUCAGCUUCUCCGCUUCUCAGACGAGCCUGCUGAUGGCCUAUGUCAGCGGGGUGCAGCUCCUGUCGCAGGGCUGCUUGGUGCCCUUGCUGGCCCGUUUGUCCCCCAAAAGCCUCCGCCUGGCCUCCUCAUCGGCCUUGGCGCUGCCGCUCGUGGGUCUAGCCGCCUUCGGCACCUCCCCAGCUGCCUACGUCUUCUGGCUCGGCCCGCUCACGUCGGCUGUGCAUGGUGGUGGAACGGCCAUGGGUAGUAUGCUCUCAUGCCUGGCGCCAGACAGCGAGUCAGGCGCCAUGGUGGCGCUGAGCAUGGCGCCUCUGAGCCUCGGCUUCCUCUUAUCGCCUCUACUGGCCAGCUGGGUCUACCAGCAUUUUGGCUUCCGAAUGGUUCCCGCCGUGGCCUGCGGCGGACUGCUCGCCAUGACAGCUCUGGUUGAGCUGUGCGCCGAAGCCGAGAUCCCGGAGGCUGAAGGCUGCGAGAGUGAGGCCACGGCCAGCUGA